AUGAGCAAAAAUUAAUAUUCGAGCAAUAACUAAACAGGAGCAGCUGUGUAAGAUUCUGCUGACAAAAAAAAUCAAGGAGCCACGACUAAUCUUCAAGAUUUCAAGAUACUUACUAAGCUUGGUGAGGGAGCUUACAGUAGUGUUUACAAGGUAUUGCGUUUGGCUGACAUGAAAGAAUAUGCGCUAAAGAAGGUCAAGCUAUUAAAUUUAUCUGAUAAAGAACGAGAGAACGCUCUUAAUGAAGUACGAAUUUUAGCAAGUAUAAAAUAAAAAAAUGUGAUCAGUUACAAAGAAGCCUUCUGGGACAAUGAAGCUCAGUCAUUAUGCAUUGUGAUGGAGUAUUGUGAUAACGGAGACUUAUUUUAAAAAAUAUGCGAACAUCAAAAAAAAGGCACUGAGUUUUUAGAAAACGAAAUUUGGAAAGUCUUUAUUCAGUCUGCAAAUGUAUUUCUCUAUAAAGAUUGGACGGCUAAACUUGGAGAUAUGAAUGUUUCCAAAAUAUCCAAUUACAAAGGUCUCAAUUACACUCAAACUGGUACACCUUAUUAUGCUAGUCCAGAAGUUUGGAAAGAUGAACCCUAUGACUCUAAGAGUGAUAUUUGGUCUUUAGGUUGUGUUUUAUAUGAAAUGAUAACUUUGAAACCACCAUUUAGAGCAGAUGAUAUGCAAGGAUUAUAUAAAAGAGUCCUCAAGGGAGUUUAUCAAAAGAUUCCAAAUCAUUUUUCUUAAGAUUUGUCAAACGUUGUUUCAGCACUACUCCAGACUAAACCUAGCCUAAGGCCUAGUUGUGAAUAAAUUUUAGAGUUGUCCUCAACUAUGAAAAGAUCUGAAAAAUUUUUCCCAGAGGAAGUCUUUAAUGAUAAGUCAACAUUAGUUCAAGAAAUAAGAGUUCCUAAAAAUCUCAUGUAUCUAACUGAUAAACUUCCAGGUCCAAACUAUGAAGAGAAAGGCAAAUUUUAUAAAAAUAGGUCUGAGGUCAAAAUUAAAUUGCCUAAAUUAACAGGUUCAGUAAUUGGAAACUCUAAUAGCCAAGCCUAAAUUGAAUAUUAAUUACCUGGUAUUGAUUCUAAAAAUUCCAAGGGCUCAAAUGGACUAAAUUAAUAAGUAUCUAUAACUGAAUAGGUUGAAAGUAUAAAUCCAUCAGGGUAAAAAAAGAAUAUUUAACAGUAGUAAAUUAUUAUUCAGGUUAAUUAGAAAGGCAAAGACAAGAAAUCUAAUGGACUUAAAGUUUCCUCAUUAAAUUAGCCUAAUUCAGGAGAAAAAGCAAAUAAUGGCAUCAAUAUCAGUCAUAAUUCAAGAGAUAAUUAAACUAAAAUAUAAAACUAGGCGACUUUACUCCCAGAAAUAAAUCAUUCUAUGAUUCUUUCUCCAAAUCAUAAACCUAUAAAAGCUUUAUUAAAUGAAGAUUCCUAAAACAAAAGAUCAAAAAACAGAAAUAGGUCAAGAGCUUCAAGCAGGUUUAGUUCAGACAAAAAGGAUGCAAUGAGUUCUUCUGAUAAUCUGGAUUCUGUACUAGCUUAGUAAAGAAGCAUAGGAGAAGAAAGAGUUAGUGUCCUGAGUCAAAAUGAAAUUACUGACGAGUAAAAUGAUGAAAUGGAUGAUCUUCCUCCUCCUAUUAAUUCCAAGUCUCCAAAUAUAAAAUCUUACUCUUCAAAACUUUAGCAAAUGCAAAAUAAUUAAAGCAGAAAUGUCUUAUCCUAGAUGGAGGAUUAUUCAAAGUUAUCAGCAAAUAUUAAUCCAAAUAAUUCAAUUAUUUAAGAUGAUGAUUCGCCGUAGAAACAAUAUGGAUAUAGAUAUUCUUCACUCUAGCCUGUGAGGAAAAAUUAAGAGUUAUUAUAAUAAAGGCUGCCAGAUGUUGCUAAAAACGUUGAAAUGAGUUUGCCUUAAAUCAAGAAAGUUCAACCAUAAAUAGUUGACUAAAGUUAAUUACAGUAUCAAUACGUAAACUCAAAUGUCAGAAGUUUAUCCCCCUAUAGAAAUCCAUCUCUGAUUUAACCAAUUUAAUCAAAAUAAGAUCUAUACAAACUUAAAUAAUCAGGAAUAGCAGCACCAUAAAAAUCAUAAUCUAGUGGAAAACUUCCUAAGAUUAAAGGCUAAGAUUAAAUAAUGAGGCAAAUGCAGAAAUAAUAAUACUUCUUAAAAGGUAGCCCCAAACUCUAAAAUAUGUAUUACAGAGUAGCUAAUUCAUAUCUUAAAGGGUAUCCGCCUUAAAUGAACAUUGUUGGAAACUCAGUAAAGAAUAGUUAUCAAAUUUACGGUGGUAUAAUGAAACCAUUCCAAGAUGACACAGUACUAUAAUCUGCUUAGUAUUAAUCUGAAAAGCCAAAGAUUCAAAAGAUUGGGAAAAUUUAAAAUCCCUUGAAGAAAGAUUAAAGAUAAGUUUACCUUUAAUCGGUUAUUGAAGAUAAUUAGAGCAUUCAUCCCUUACUCAAUAGACCAACAAAAAAGAAGGUAGGAUUGCAAUAGUAAUCAAUAGAUAUGCUGAGUCCAGGCAAAAUUACUACUGAUCUUUUGCAAAGUAUCAAUGGAGGAAUUCAGAAGCCUCAAUUUUAAGGUUUAGAUGGGAUGAAUCUUGUUUUGCCUAAGAAUCAUUCCUCUGUUUUACUCAAAUACUAGAUCUAAGAGACUAAAUAAUGA